UAGAAAAGCACAUAACUUAAUUUAUUUGUUUUCAUCCAUUCUUCUAAAAGAUGGAGCAAGAUGACGAAAUGCCAGAAAAUGGUGAAAGUCUUCAUCCAAGCGUAAUCAUUCACGUUGAUUUUGAUUACUAUUAUGCUCAAGUUGAGGAAGUUCUCAAUCCUGACUUGAAAAAUAAGCCAAUUGGAAUCAAACAACGUUUUCACAUUGUCACUUGUAAUUAUAAGGCGCGAGAAUUUGGAAUUAAAAAAAUGGAAUUGAUUAAAGACGCAUUGAACAAAUGCCCGAAUCUUGUAAUUGUGAACGGUGAAGAUUUAAGCAAAUACAAAACUUACUCUAAAAGAAUAUCAGAUCUACUGCAUACAAUGAUUGGACCUUCGGAGAGAAUGGGAUUAGACGAGCAUUUCAUGGACGUUUCGAAACAAGUACAAGGACAAAUAUCAAAAAUGAGCAGAGAAAUGUUAAAUCAGUUACGUUUUACUGGUCCUUUUUAUCCCAACGAAGAAGCUUUCAGUAAAUGUUCAUGUGGAUGUGAGAAUCGACUGAUGGUGGGAAGUCAAAUAGCCCAAAAUAUCAGAGACAAAAUUCUAAACGAACUCAAACUCACAUGUUCAGUUGGAAUAGCUCACAAUAAACUCUUGGCAAAGCUUGUUGGACAAAUGAACAAACCAAAUAACCAAACAGUUUUAGCACCAAUGGCAGCUGCUGAGUUUAUGGCUGAACUCAAAGACAUACGAAGUAUUACUGGUAUUGGAAAUCGAACAGCGAAUCGAAUUGAAGAGCUUGGAAUAAAAUCAAUCUCUGAUCUUCAAGAAUGUGAGAUUGACAAACUUCAAAAGAAGUUUGGAAGCGAUAUGGCGACAAGACUGAAGGAAAUGUCGGUGGGUUGUGAUUCAGUUGAAGUGAAACCUUCGGGAAAGCCGAAAACUGUUGGAUUGGAAGAUUCUUGUCGACCCAUAUCCAUUCGUAGUGAUGCUCAAGAGAAAUUCCAUGCACUUUUGUCACGUCUUGUCACACAAAUACAAGACGAUGGAAGAAUCCCACAAUCAAUAAAAGUCACUGUCCGAAAAUAUGAUCCAGUUAAGAAAAAUAGCAUUCGAGAAACGAAACAAUGUUCUCUCAUCCCAUCCCACUUUCGAUGUGCUGAGGGAAAAAUUCAACUCGUUGAAGGUGCUGAAGAUAAAAUCAUAAAAAAUGUGAUGAUGUUGUUUGAUCGAAUGGUUGAUCUUAAGCAACAAUUCAAUAUUACACUUCUUGGCUUAUGUUUCAGUAAAUUUCAAGAUCAAAAACGUGGACCUGGUUCAAUUGCCAAUUUUCUGAUGAAGAAACAAGACGUUGAAGUGCAAUCUAUUACGAAUCUUAGUAACGAAAGUAUAAAUGGUUCAUUUGGUGACAGCUUUCGUUCAAAAACAGCUUCACCAUCAUCUUCAAUUAUGGAUUAUGAGACAAUGUCAAACACUUCACUCGACUUUUCUGGAUCUGAAGAAUCUGAAUUCGAACAUUCUCCGAAGAAGCGUAAGAAGUUGAGCAUUCUUCUUGUGGCUAAAGGACGAAGAUAUUCCAGUAAUGAUGAUCUCGCAUCACCAAGUAAAUUAAAUGUUUCAGCAUUAAAGCUAAAUGGCAGUGGUUCAGUGGAAACAUCAGAAGGACACGUAAUGAAAACAAAUUCGAUUCCAAGUCGAGUGAUUUCACCACUUUGCAUUAGCAACGAGCCCAUCGCUUGCUCAUCAACGAAAUCUCCUGAACUUCCGCCUAAUGUUGAUCCGAAUGUUUGGCAAGAACUUCCACUAGAUGUUCAACGAGAGCUCAUGAGAAGUUGGCAACCAGCUUCGGGAAGUCAAUUAAAAGUUAAUCCCAUCGCAUCACAUUCAAAAUCAAAACCAGGCGGAACAUUACACAAAUAUUUUAUAAGAAACUCUUAAAACGAUUUUUGAGGCGAAUAAUAAAUUUUUCUCUUCAAAAAGAAGUUUAUAAAUUUACACAUUUCGUCAAACGGAGAGAAUUUCAAUUGAUUUCACUAUAAAAAGAAACGAAACAAAUUUUUAUGUAGAUGUUAAUAAAAAGAGAAAAGAAAUAAUAAAUUAUGAAUUGUUUCAUGAGCUGAAAUGACUAUUUGAAU